AUGAAAGCUGUUACUUCAAUACCACCUCUUAUUAUUCCUGCUUUGACACAUCAUACAGCUACAGUCAUAUUUUUACAUGGUCGUGGUGAUACAGCAUAUGGAUGGAUUGAUUCAUUAAAAAAUGAAGUUAGACUUCCACAUGUAAAAUAUAUUUUACCAACUGCAAUAAGAAGACCAUAUUCUUUUUAUGGAGGAGAAUUAAUGACAGCUUGGUAUGAUGUUCAUAAUAAUAGCGGAAAAAGAAUGGAAGAUGAUGUUUCAGUUGAAGAAGGAAGACAAUAUAUUUAUCAAUUAAUAGAAGAAGAAAGAAAAAUAGGCAUUCCAUAUAACCGAAUUGUCUUAGGAGGCUUUUCUAUGGGUGGUUGUCUUUCUUUAUAUACUACAUUGUCUGCUCCUUUUAAAUUGGCUGGUGCUAUUACAAUGUCAUGUUAUCUUUUACAAAAACACCUUUUUCCUAAAAUUUGUACCCAUAAUAAUGAAACACCAAUUUGGCUUGGUACUGGAGAUCAUGAUAAAAUUAUUGAUAUAUCAUUAGUUAAAGAAUCUAUUGAUAUUAUUAAUAAAUGUAAUAAUGAAUUAAUAUUUCAAAUUUAUAAAGGAUUAGAUCAUUCUGUCACAAGACAAGAACUUGAUGACUGUAAGGACUUUUUAGAACGUAUUAUACCAUAA